GAGAGAGAAGAGUUGGGAGCUCUCAGCAUAGCUGCAAAGUCAGUCACGAGCGGCUCUCAAUCCCAGCAAACAAUUGAUACGCACGGAUAAACAAUGCCGCACUCCGCGGCAAAGGGUUGACCUGCGGGGAGUCAGUCAGAAGUGAGCGGCUGAGGACAUAAAAAGACGCUGGAAUGGCGUGAAAAGGCAGGGAAUUAAAUAGGAGUUCAGUAGUGGUGACGGAAGAAGGAGGAAAACUCCAGAUUCGAACCCCAGCGACAAUAUUUCACUUUCGGCGUCCUCGUUUGGAGUGGUAAUGACUUGAAGUCGGUGCCCCCUACCGCCCAGUGAAGGACGUGCCUGACAGCCACUAAUGGGAACUCCUCCUCCGCCAUGAGUGCUCGCGAUGGAGUUGGCGGCAUGGGCACUCUGGGACGGCGGCAGCGCUUGGAGAACUCUGAGUUCACCGUGCGCGUCUAUCCAGGCACGCUGGCCGAAGGCACCAUCUACUGCCCGAUCAGUGCUCGAAAGACAACCUCAGCUGCUGAGACGAUCGAACGUGUCAUUGACCGACUCCAGCUGGACCGUACCAAGUGUUACGUUCUGGCAGAGGUGAAAGAGUUCGGUGGAGAAGAAUGGAUUCUCAACCCCAGCGACUGCCCCGUGCAGAGAAUGAUGCUCUGGCCCCGUGUGGCACUCGAGCAUCGCUCUCUGUCCGGAGGCGAAGAUUACCGCUUUCUCCUACGGCUGAAGAACCUCGACGGUUCAAUUCACUAUGGCGGCAGCCUCCAGAUGUGGCUGCAGGUCACAGAGGAACGCAGGCGCAUGGUGGAACGUGGACUAUUGCCGCAGCCCGAAACCCAAGGUGACCAUGCCGAUUUAUGUUGUCUGCCGGAGCUCACUGAGCGCUCGCUGCUGGACAACCUGCGCUCACGUUUCCACCAGGAAAAGAUUUACACCUACGUUGGGAGUAUCCUCAUUGUCAUUAACCCCUUCAAGUUCCUGCCCAUCUACAAUCCCAAAUAUGUGAAGAUGUAUGAUAAUCACUCACUGGGAGAUUUAGAGCCUCACAUCUAUGCAGUGGCUGAUGUUGCUUACCAUGCGAUGCUGCAGAGACAGACGAAUCAGUGCAUUGUUAUAUCUGGAGAAAGUGGCUCUGGCAAGACACAAAGUACAAACUUUCUUAUUCAUCAUCUGACCGCUCUCAGCCAGAAAGGUUUUGCCAGUGGAGUGGAGCAGAUCAUCUUGGGGGCAGGUCCAGUAUUGGAGGCAUUUGGCAAUGCGAAGACAGCCCACAAUAACAACUCCAGCCGCUUCGGCAAAUUCAUCCAGGUUAACUACCAGGAGAGUGGAACUGUGAGAGGAGCCUAUGUGGAGAAGUACCUCUUGGAGAAGUCAAGGUUGGUCUAUCAGGAGCACAAUGAGCGAAACUACCAUGUGUUUUACUACCUGCUGGCAGGAGCGAGUGAAGAAGAAAGGGCUGCUUUUCACCUCAUGAAACCUGAAGAAUACCAUUACCUCAGUCAGAUGACAAAGAGAACCCACCGACUGCACUGGGACAGUUACUGUGAGAGCGAAGCGGACUGCUUCACAGUUGAAGGAGAGGAUUUGAAGCAUGACUUUGAGAGGCUUCAGCUGGGGAUGGAGAUGGUGGGCUUUCUUCCUUACACGCGAAAACAGAUCUUCUCUUUGCUAUCUGCCAUCCUCCACCUGGGCAACAUUCGCUACAAGAGAAAAACCUACCGAGAUGACUCUAUUGACAUCUGUAACCCAGAGGUGCUGCCUGUGGUUUCGGAACUCCUGCAGGUCAAAGAAGAAAUGCUGAUUGAAGCUCUGACAACACGGAAGACCAUUACUGUGGGCGAAAAGCUGAUUGUCCCCUACAAACUGGCAGAGGCUGGUACAGUGAGAGACUCCAUGGCAAAGUCGCUGUACAGUGCACUCUUUGACUGGAUUGUCUUCAGGAUCAACCAUGCCCUGCUCAACAUCAAGGACCUGGAUGAACCCGCCAAGAUUUUGUCCAUCGGAGUAUUGGACAUUUUUGGUUUUGAGGACUACGAGAACAACAGCUUUGAGCAGUUCUGCAUCAACUUUGCCAAUGAGCGGCUCCAGCACUACUUUAAUCAGCACACCUUCAAACUGGAACAGGAGGACUACAGGGCGGAGGGCAUCAGCUGGAGAACUAUAGACUACAUUGACAAUACGGACUGCAUCAAUCUCAUCAGCAAGAAGCCCACAGCUUUGUUCCACCUCUUGGAUGAAGAGUGCAACUUCCCACAAGCCACCAACCAGACGUUGUUGGAUAAGUUCAAGCGGCAGCAUGAGGGGAAUAGGUACAUCGAGUUCCCUGCUGUCAUGGAGCCCGCCUUCAUUAUACGACACUAUGCUGGCAAGGUCAAGUAUGGUGUCAAGGAUUUCAGAGAGAAGAACACAGACCAUAUGCGACCAGACAUUGUGGCGCUACUGAAGAGCAGCAAGAAUGCCUUCAUCUGCAGUCUGAUUGGCAUCGAUCCGUCAGCCACCUUCCGCUGGGCGGUACUCCGGUCUUACUUCAGGGCCGUGGUGGCUUUCAGAGAGGCUGGGAAGAGACACACCCCAAGGAGGGCUGGGCAUGAUGACGCUGCUCCCUGUGCAGUUUUGAACAGUGUGGAUAGCUUUAGCUUUCUGCAGCACCCUGUGCAUCAGAGAAGCUUAGAGAUCCUGCAGAGAUGCAAAGAGGAGAAGCACACUCCCGAUGAGAGUGAAAAUGUACAAAUUGAUGAGACUGAAAACGGUGUGAGCAGAAGGACUCCACGUCCACCGUUGUCAGACCAUCAGGGGAGCAACACCAUCUAUGAAAAAUAUCCACGAAAUUCGCCGGCCCUUAUGUGGAACGGGCGUGUGGGUCGACAGAGCCGCUUAUCAUCCAGCAGCUCCACCACAGACGAAGAUGGCAUCUUUGUCAAUUCUGCCAGCAGCAAGCUUCUGGAGCGAGCCCAUGACAUUCUCAUGAGGAACAAAAACUACAAAGCCAAGCCAGCUCUUCCAAAGCACUUAUUGAAUGUCAAGUCACUGAAGUACCUCAGCAACCUGACGCUUCAUGACCGCAUCACCAAGUCGCUCCUUCACCUUCACAAGAAGAAGAAACCACCCAGUAUCAGUGCACAAUUCCAGGCCUCUCUCAAUAAGCUAAUGGAGACCCUGGGUCAGUCUGAGCCUUAUUUUGUCAAGUGCAUCCGUUCCAAUGCUGAGAAGCUGCCCUUGCGGUUCAAUGACAACCUGGUGCUGAGGCAGCUGCGCUACACGGGUAUGCUGGAGACUGUGCGCAUCCGGCAAUCAGGCUACAACGUCAAGUACAGCUUCAAGGAUUUUGUCCAUCACUUCUAUGUGCUGCUCCCAGAGAGCAUCCGCACCACCAGAGAGGACAUCCAGCACUGGUUGGACCAGCUGGACCUGGAAACAGAUGGGUAUCAAGUCGGCAAGACAAUGGUGUUUCUGCGGGAGGCAGCGCGUCAGCAGCUGCAGGCCCAACUCCACAGUGAGGUUCUCAGGCUUAUCGUUGUGCUGCAACGACAGUUUAGAGCCCAACUGGAGAGGAAACACUUUCUUAGAAUGAGAGCGGCGGCAGUCUGCAUCCAGAAAUGGUGGCACUUGUACCGACUCAUGGAAGCCGAGGAAGUGCACAUUGACCAGAAUGCCCAUGGGAAGGCAGCGUUGUGCCUGCAGACACAUUGGCGGGGGUACAGGGAGCGUCACAGGUUCAGUUUGUGGAAAGAGGCUGCGCUGGUGCUUCAGAGGGCAUGGCGACUGUGGCUGUGCCAACGCUGUUCGGCAGCUCUGGUCAUUCAGACGGCCUGGCGCUGUCAUCGAGCAAGAGAGGCCUACUUGCGUCUCUAUGCUGCUGCGGUUCACCUCCAGGCUAUAAUCCGAGGCCACCUUGCUCGGCAACGGUUCAGAGAACUGACCGAACAGAAGCUCAGGGAGAGGAAGGAUCAACUACAGAAUGUACAGGUGAGCUUUUCACCAGAAGAGGAGACCCUUGAGGGAGUCAUGGGUUUGCACCUCAGCACUUGGGAGGACAACUCCUAUGAGUAUCAGGAAAGGACACUCAACAUCCUUGGCAGCACCGAUGGAGAGUUCAAAGAGGAAAGAAUGAGAGGAGAAGAUGCCAGCUCACCCACAUGGCACUCAGAGGCACGUCUUUCAGUCACUCCAGCCACAGUGCCGGUGCGAGACAAACUCAGAGCAACCGAAGAGCUCAGCCAGAAAGCCACCCGGGCCAAGCGAGAGAGCCGGCGGAUGCGAGAGUUGGAGCAAGCCAAAUUCAGCCUGGAGCUCCUCAAGGUCCGCGCGACCUGUGGUGAGAGCUCGCCCACCUCUGAGGAAAGGCGCUGGUCUGUUGAACUGGUGCCCUCCAUCACCCCCCCUCUGUGUUCACCACAAGGCACACCUGACAGUCAGAGCUCCAAAGGCAGCUUUGAACUCUUGAGUAUUGAGGAUGCUCCCAAAGCAACAGAGGAGGUGACUGACAGCGAGGACCUCUGCUCGCCAAUCGGCUCACUCGGAGCAUUGUCAGAACCAAGUUUGGAGGCUUUCUCCAUAAGCCCAAAGACAGAGCAACCCAACAGGGUGCCGGCUUCAGAUCCUGGCAGCCAUUUUCAGCAACAAACGGAACCUGCCGGCUACGCUACACAUCCGUCCAAACUCGAGAACUACCUCCCGACCUUUUUCGUCCCUGCUAAUGAAAGCAGCACUGUCACUCCUAGUCAUCCAAAUGUGCCACCUGAACAAAAUGCAAAGAUUGCUGUCUCGACAACUCCCACCAUUCAAACUUUAAAAGAAAGGCAAGAGUCAACACGUAGGCCGGUGGUGGUGGUCAUCAGUAUGCAGAAAGAAAGCCCACUCAGCGAAGAGUUGAGCGAGCUGGUCCGUCCCUGUGUUGAGGUCUCUGACACGGGGUCUCAGAGGAAGACGCGAGGGCAUGUUGCAGCUCUGGCGCCUCACGCACCCUGCCCUGCUUCCACUGGCCUCCUGCAGGUUGAUCCGGUUGUCUUGGAGAAGCUGGUGCAGCUGAACGAGGAGAAGGAGGAGAGGCAGCGUCAUCAGAAACAACAGAAUGAGAGGGAAAUGAUGGAGCAGAUAAGACAACAGAAAGAAGCAUUAGAGCGUCAGCGCCUUUUCUUUUUUCAGCACGAGAGAGACUUGUUUGAGAAACAGAGAGGGGAGGCUCUGCGGAAGAUACAACAGAGCCGGCAGCGUGAGCACGAUGUUGGUGGAACUGCCGCCUCUAGCAAGCCACCUAGACCCAGAUCUCUGCUCAUUGAGGGAACGUCAGGGAUAGUUCCUCACGGUAGAAGCCAGUCGGAAUCGUCUGACCCUUUGGUACACUCUCCACAAAGGGAGGGUGUCCCCUGUAGUGCUGCUAUUCCCCAGUUACGUCGUCCUCCACCUGCCUCUGCCCCCACGGAGAGGCAUAAGGAGGGCAAGUCUGCUGCGGAGGGCUGGGCACCCAAACUCACCUUGCAGUCCAAAGAUGGAACAACCAGAGUGACAGCAGCCACCAAGAAAGUGCAGCGUAGUCAGGGCUCCACAGUAAAUGUGACAGCCCAGCCGGGAAACAUCUUCUUCUCUCCCAAGGACAAAGUAACAUUUGCUAAAUUCGACAGCGUUAACGUCACCAAAGCUACAUCUCAAGCUGUACCCACAGAGGGGCCGACAUAUGUUUCAAGAUUGCCGAAAGGAGCAAAAACACGUGAUGUGGGAAAAGUCGGGCACAAAAAGAAAGCCCGAAUGUCACGGACUCGCUCCGACUUCCUCACCCGCGCCCCCAUCCUUUCUGUUGGGGGCGAUUCAGAUGAGGAUGACUAUGAUGCCACCAGCCCCCAACAUUCCCCUGUACCCCUCUCCAAGCAGAGCUCCACGGAGGAAGGCCUAGGAGGCUCCUGUUUUAGUGACUCCGACAUGCCUGCAGGCUCAGAGGAAAAAAAGGAUCUACACAAAGUUAUGUCAUCAGGAGAUCUGGGAAAAGGGGGAUCUUUGCGCAAGAACUCGCAGGACGGAAGAGUUCGUGGAAAGAUGCGUUUCUGGGGCAAGACCAAGCACAGCGAUAAGAAGAUCGCCAGAGAGAAGCUGAUUUGUGGGACUGAUUCCCUGGACGGAGACUCUGGAGACAUUGGGCCACUGCUAAGAGAAGGUGAAGAAAACCUAUCGCCGCGCUGCAGUCCUGACCUGACAUGGGAUCGUGGCUUCAGAGACUUGAAAGAGAACAAGGAACCUUCUCCCAAGGUGAAACGACGGCGCAGUGUAAAGAUCAGCAGCGUGGCUGCGGAACCUAUUCAGUGGCCCAGCGAUGGCCUGCAGAUCCUCACCUGCACCCAUGACUACAGAAGCAUGAAUGACUUUCUCAUGAAGAAGAUCAACGACUUGGACACAGAGGACAGCAAGAAGGACACCAUGGUGGACGUCGUAUUCAAAAAAGCAUUGAAGGAAUUCCGUUUGAAUAUCUUCAACUCCUAUUCCACAGCCCUGGCGAUGGACGAUGGUAAGAGCAUCCGCUACAAAGAUCUCUACGCUCUGUUUGAGCAAAUCCUGGAAAAGACCAUGCGGCAGGAGCAGAGGGACUGGAGAGAGUCCCCUGUCAAAGUUUGGGUUAACACCUUUAAAGUCUUCCUGGAUGAGUUCAUGACUGAGUAUAAACCUCUGGACAGCACACAACCUAAGCAACCUAAACCUGAACGCAAAAAGCGAAGGAAGAAAGAUGCAGACAUUGUGGAGGAGCAUCAUGGCCAUAUCUUCAAGUCCACCCAAUACAGCAUCCCCACAUACUGUGAAUACUGCUCAUCGCUCAUCUGGAUGAUGGAUCGUGCCUGUGUUUGCAAACUGUGCCGUUAUGCCUGCCACAGAAAGUGCUGCCAAAAGACGACCACCAAAUGCAGUAAGAAGUUCGACCCCGAGCUUUCCCCGAGACAAUUUGGUGUUGAGGUGUUACGCCUGACAAAUGAUGAGCGAACGGUGCCCCUUGUGGUGGAGAAGCUUAUCAACUACAUCGAGAUGCACGGCCUCUACACUGAGGGAAUCUAUCGAAAAUCGGGCUCCACCAAUAAAAUUAGAGAACUGAAACAGGGACUUGACACAGAUGUGGAGAGCAUGAAUCUGGAUGACUACAACAUCCACGUCAUUGCUAGUGUCUUCAAGCAGUGGCUGCGAGACCUGCCGAGUCCUCUGAUGACAUUUGAGCUAUAUGAGGCGUUUAUACGUGCUAUGGGUUUGCAGGAUAGAAAAGAAAUGAUAAGAGGGGUGUAUUCAGUUGUUGACCAGCUAAGCAGGACCCACCUGAACACACUGGAACGGCUCAUAUUUCAUCUUGUCAGGAUUGCGUUACAAGAGGAGACAAACCGUAUGUCAGCUAAUGCCUUGGCUAUAGUUUUUGCUCCCUGUAUCCUGCGCUGUCCAGACACGAUUGAUCCACUUCAGAGUGUCCAGGACAUUAGUAAGACCACAGCGUGUGUCGAACUUGUCAUUUGUGAACAGAUGACAAAGUACAAAGUGCGACUGAAGGACAUCAACACCCUGGAGUUUGCUGAAAAUAAGGCCAAAUGCAGACUGACUUUCAUCCGAAGAUCAAUGUCAAAUGCACCUAAAAAGGGAAAAGGUCACUUUCGGCGUCUAAGCUUGCACUCGCCUACACCUCCUGUGAGCCCGCGACUUCAGUCUUUGACAAAUACCGUAAAAGAGGAGAGCGAGGGCAACGAGUCUUUGGUUGAAAUCUCUGAGCAUCAGCAAGCAGCAAUGGAGCAGGAGGAGAAAGUGCUGACGGAGCAAAUUGAGAAUCUGCAAAAAGAGAAGGAGGAGCUGACUUUCGAGAUGCUGACUCUGGAGCCACGAGCAUCAGACGAUGAGACCCUUGAGUCGGAGGCCUCUAUCGGUACAGCUGACAGCUCUGAAAACCUGAAUGUGGACUCUGAAGUCAUUUCCGUUCUUUCCGAGAGAGGUCUCGUUUUUACUUCCCCUUGGUCCCUGAGGUCUGAUGGAAAGAGCCCACGGCAUCGCACUCUGAGACGGCAACCCGACUCUCUGGAUUCAGUGGAUUCUUCCUCUAGUGUUUCUCCCUACUCCUCAUCAUCACAUUUCCAGCCGUCGAAUUCCCCCAUCUCUAAUACCAGCCGUGGCUCUUGGUUUCACUCCACUUCAAAGUCUCCCCCUCCAAGCUCAGGUGCAACGCAGGCUCAGAAUGCACCUCAAGCUUCCAGCUUUGACAGUUUCAACUGCAGUCCUACAGCAGAGUUGGAGAGCGUGUUUGAUGAAAGACCACAGUUUACCAGCCGUGGCACUUUUAAUCCAGAAAAAGGCAAACAGAAACUGAGGGGGGGCAAACAUGUAUCCCAGAGGCAUACCAGAGAAAGCGGUGGUCAUAGCAGGGAGCCACCCGACAUACAGCAGCAGCUGGUGUUGUACGGCAGUAAUGAAUUCAUGGUGUGAAGGACCCAAUGAGGACACGCCCUGAAAGCACGCUUACUUAGCCUUUAAAACCUGUCAAAGAAUUGUACCCAAGUGCCGUGUUAAGUGUGUCCCCCACCAUUUGGAGCCAAUGUAGAGGCACAAGAUGGUUAGUGGAAGGAGCUUCACUUCUGUGGCCAAAGCAGCCACUCAAGAUCUCACAAAGGUGCCUUGGCAGCUCCACACUCGGCACCAAGAGGAGAACACACUGGUCUGGAGAACAGAGCAAAGGGAAUGUUUGAAAAUGUCACAGACUGCAGCGUCAGUGAAUAAUUCCAAGGCUGGGAAGCUGUUGUAUUGUCCUACAAGAAGAAAACAUGACAUCAGGGAUAGCUGAUGUUGCAUUGAACCUGAAUCUCACAAUUAGCUACUCUGUGAGUUUACAGUUCCUAACAAUCAAUGUAUACAGUGGUUGCUUGAUUACAAAAUGUAUUUUCCGCAUUUAUUUAAUGAAUUUUAAUGUCACACAAAUUCUUAUUAGUCUAUACAGAUAUAAAUACUGUACAAAGCCCGGAACACCAGCUCAUGCUGGGUAGUUGAAGUCAAAUAUUUAUCUUUUUUGUUUUUUUCGGGGGGAGGGGGGCUAUGUUGCUCGGACUUGGGCAAAAUUGGGCAAUGGGAGCUAUAAGUUUGUGUUCAUGUGCCAAGAGCUCAUGAGAGACUAUACUUACUUGUUUUACAUGCUACGUUUCCAUACUACAAGGGAGAUAUCACCA